AUGGAUGCCGCCGUGAAUACGCAAGUUGUGGUUGAUUCAAACGAAGAUGAAACAGUCGCCCAGGAACCGGAACUAGAGCAAAUGAGGAGUACAUUGGAAGAGGCGAUUGUGGAAACGCGCAGUAAGACUCUCGAAAAUCGAACGCGACUUCCCCGCUUAGCCCUAAGCAAGCGGAAUCGGGCUGUCGUGAGGGCUCUGAACCCAAUGCUGGUUACCUAUUUGGAAGCCAGCCGGGACCUUUGCGAAACGGACUCAAUUCUUUUUGGCGCCGCACUGGCAGUCUGCCGUAUUAUAGGCGCAAAACUUUCCACGGCUAGACGCGCUACUGGACAAAGUAGUGCUAUCCCAGCCUGGAGAAUAAUAAUUGAAAAGCGUAUUGCAAAGGCUAGGGACCUUAUCGGCAGAUUGAUAUGCUUCAGGUCAGGCAACACCAGGCCAAGGAUUGUGCCCACCGUAGUAGCUGAGGCGGUCCGUAGGGCCCCGAACUGGAAAUUCCGGGCUUAG